AUGCCCGCACUCAUCCCGUACACGCAGCUGGACGCCGGCCGGCCCAGGGCACGUUUCACCUUCACAACCUCCCCUCCUGCAUUGCCAGUGACGACAACCCCAAAACCCCUGACGAAAAUUCAAGGCGCCGGGUCAAACCCUGCACCUCCCGGGGCAGAGGAGGGUCGGCACCCCCAGACCGGGGCCGGACCCUCCGCCUCGCCUCACCCACACCGCCCCCGGUACCCCCCUCAGCGCCGCGCUCCCCUCAGCCGCCCCGCGCCGGGCCCCUCGCCGCGACAUGGCGGCCACCGGGCCUCGGCCCUGCCCGCUCCGGGGCGGCGCCGAGGGCGGUGCUGGAGCCUCAGCGGCGCGGGAAGAGCGGAGCCGAGCCUCUGGCAAUCGGGACAUCGCCGUCAGGAGCCGUCCGGAGAGACCCUGCUUCGCACAGGAGCCAUGUGUACGCCCAACCUCUUCACCCUCGUCCUGGUGGUGCAACCAUCUCGCAUCCUCCUGGGCAUGAAGAAACGUGGGUUUGGAGCCGGGCUCUGGAACGGUUUUGGGGGAAAGGUGCAGCCGGGUGAGAGCAUCGAGGAGGCUGCUCACAGGGAGCUCCAGGAAGAGAGCGGACUGACUGUGGACACCUUGCAGAAGAUGGGCCAGAUCACAUUUGAAUUUGUAGGCAACCCUGACCUCAUGGAAGUUCACAUUUUCCGGGCAGAUCAUUUUAAUGGAGAGCCAACAGAAAGUGAUGAAAUGCGGCCUCAGUGGUUUCAGCUGGAUGAGGUGCCAUUCAGUCAGAUGUGGCCAGAUGAUAGCUAUUGGUUUCCCCUGCUGCUUCAGAAAAAGAAGUUUCAUGGCUAUUUUAAGUUCCAAGGACAAGACACUAUCCUGGAGCACACCCUGAAAGAAGUGGAGGAAGUUUAAGAAGAAAACAGAAGCAUUCAUCACACAUGAUGCCUUCGUUGAGCUAGAACGCCAUGAGUACUUACAGGGGUCUCCUUUCUCAGCUCCCCAGCAAAGGAGAUUUAUCCGCCAGUUCACUGGGAAGUAAAGAAAAUAAGGGCAUUUCUUAAAGCAGAUACAGAUGUAACGAGACUUUCCAUGCUAUGAAGUCACUGACUGUAGUAUGCUUUAGCGGUUACUUGAAGACAACUCUGAAGAACUUGCAGUUAACCCUUGUUUCUCAGGUGGUUAGUGUGUUAGGCUUUUCCAUCAUGGCUGGAAAUCUUUUUAAAAAAAAGAUUAAAAAUGUUUUUCAGUAAAAGAAUUUGUUUUCCUAUUAUGAACAUCUGGCUAAUUUCUAGACUGUUUAAGGGCCCUUCAGGAAUUGGCUUCCUUUCACAGAAACACUAAGUGGACUCUUUCUCAGACUAACAGCAGAAUCUGUCAAGUAUAUUCUCUGUGCCCGUUUCUAUAUAGUUCCCAAUGUAGUAUUACUUCCUGGGAGAAGGUGACAUUUGAUCAGUGCUGUGAAAACCCUUUGAAAAGUUUAGGUAGUGAUCCUUUCAGAAUUCUCCUGCUGAAGGCAACAGAAGAUUAUAGGAGUUAAGAAAACAAAGUCUGAAGUAGAUGUAUCGCACUGUUUGAGCCCUGUUUUCACUUGGACUUUCCGCUGUGAACUUAGCUGCUUCAAGCAUUUUGUACUGACAGGUGAAAAUAAUCCAGACAAAAUCCCACCCAGGUUCCAGCAAGUCUGUGUCACAAAGCGCAGUCACCCACGGCUGCAGGCUCUGCCACAUGCCAGCAGCAGGUGACCUGUUCAGCCCAGCUCGGCAUGGUGGGGAGUGAAAGAUUCAAUCAAACUGCUAGAAAUAACACAUCACAUCUGUAACUUUAUACAAGGUCUUUUUUUUUUUCUUUUAAACACUUUUACAAACACAUAUAACACUUACAGAUAGAAUCUUGGAAUGUAAUAUAGGAUCUGUAAACAUUUCCAGUCUACCAGCUGUAGUAAUAGUUCUUUAAUUCCUGCAUUUGGAUAAAGUGCUUCAUACAUAAGGCUAUUUGAGCAAAGCAAAGAUACAGGAUAUUCCAGGCAGGCAGAAUUCAUACCCUCUGAACAAGAUUGUUUCUUCUCAUCUCCCUCCAGCAGUCCUGAAUAAUUUAUACCACUCAAAAAUGCCUUUCUUCAUAUGCUCAAUAAGCCACAGGUCAGACUUAAAGGAUAAGAGUUAACAUCUUAUACUCUUACCUUUCCUUUUGUGCUGCACAGUGACUUAUUUACAGAGUUUUUAAUACCUCUGCUUCUGACGUAGCAGUAAGGGUUUCUGACUGUUCUAGUGGAGAGAAUGGCUUGAGGCAAGCAGAGGAGAGAAAAUAAGCACAAGGGUAUAAGUUGCUCGUAACAGGAUGUAAAACCUUACUGCACGGUAGGAAAGGGAGUGACUGGCAGCUGAUACCUGUUAUGUUCCCUUUAUUUAUUUCCUGGUGGAAACUGUAAAUUGUAUGGUCAAGGGGGAGCAAAUUACUUUCUAUUCCUCCAGGAAUUUAGGUAGGAAAAGAACAAGUGUGGCUCAGGCCUGCACUUGUAUUUGCUAUCCCCUAUUCUCAGGUCAGUUCAGUCCUUUUACGAAGAUACUUCCUUCCACCAGCACUGAAUUUUACCUCAUGUCAAAAAGUAGUGACUAUUUAUUGUUCCUGCUGCAGCUGUGGAGACUGAUUCUGUCCCCAGCUGGUGCUCGUUGACUUCUAGAAACAGCAGAAAUUGAAGAUUGUGAAUUAGCCUCUAACAAAUUCCAGGAAUUACACCCUUGCAUGAUCAAAGUAGAAGAGUAAAAGCGCUGGAAUGCAGCAAGGUACUGUUGAAAAUGUGUUAAAAGGAGCAAAGUUCAAGGAAGAUGGAAGGAGAGGGAAAGAAGCAAAGACCAAAGUUGUACUGUAAAUAUAAUAGGUUGGGAAGCUUUUCAACACAUGGUAUCAGUCAGAAAGCCUGUAUAUUGCCACUUCACAGCUUAGAGCAGAGGUGACCUUAACAGUGACCAAAACAAAUAGCCCUUUUGAUAAAGACAUUUUUCAGGCUCUCCACUGUUUACUACCCUGGUAUCUCCAUGAUAUUUGACAGAGACACUGACAGAAAAAAUUGGAGGCCUUUUCUCUAAUUGUUAUUUUAAACACAAGGAAGUCACCAUGAGUUCAAGCUACACAGAAAGCUUCCAUCCAAGAAGGCACGUUAACUCUUUGGCGCUACAUCUUACAUUUAUCAGUUCUUGGCUAGGCAGCACACGCUCUUCAGUUAGGCUUAUGGGUUGCUUAGUGUUUAUUGCAAUCUACCCUUCUACCAGCAACGGGACCAACAACUUAAGUCUUGUUCUCUCCCCUGUAUAUAGCUGAACUGUUUGCUGCAGAGGGCAAUAGCAUAGAGGUAACGAGUACUGGCUCCCCUACAUUGUAAACUAGGAUAGAUAGAGAACUGAAAAUAACUCGAUUGAUUCCCUGCUACAUUCCUCUAGAGCAAGGAAGCUGUACUUGACGCUGCUCUCCGCAAGCCUGACGCAUCCCUAAACUGAACAGGGCAAGUACAGCAAGGAAAUCCCUCACCUACUGAGGUAAACAUGAUACUGCUAGUUGCACACUGACCAGUCUCCCAGAGGCAAGGUUUGCAAACGAAGGGUUGCAUGAAACAGUGUGCAUUGUUUAGGAAUGAGACAGAAGCUUGACAGUCCUGUAUGAAAUAAACGCUGAAAGUGCCAUCAGCUGUAUCAACUUUGAGAAUAUUAGGCCUAUGUUCUCAAAACACUUGGUGAACAGAUUGGGGAAAAAAAAAGCAAAACAAGAAAAUCCCACCCCCAAACUGUUGUCCUCGAAGAGGCAAGGGCUGACAGUGGAGGAGUGGGUGUUUUCUCAAAUCAACGUAAUUCCAGUUUUUUACAGGUCAUGCGCUCUAUGCACAUGGAUAGCAGUCUGUGCAUUUGAAUUACAGAAUUUUUGAGUUAAAGAAUAAUUGCUUUGAAGGAGAACAGGAAAGAUAAGUUAAUUAGUCUAAAGCCCGACUCUUUGUUUUUGUGUUUAUGUUUUGUUUUUCUGAAGUCUGAAAUUGCAACUUCUUUUUCUAAAUGUGAGAAGUGCAAUGUUUCAUUCAGAACUUACGAAGUACUAGCCCACGGAACAUACCCUGGUCGUCUAUCCCAGCCAAACAAGAAACAGAGAAAACAUCAGAUCUUCCUCCAAAACAUACAGCAUUUUCUCAAUUUGACUGUUCACAUCAAUGAAACAAACCUUAAUAAAGGAUGUGUACUAAGACAAAGCAAGUCACAGUCCCUAACCAGCCAGCACCUUCUAUAGAUGGUAGGAAUGAAGAGCAUCCAAAAAUACAUUAAAAUGCUCUUUGCACUUUUAACCACAAACAAUCUUCCUAGUCAAGGCAAUGUCAAGCAGGAAAACAAAACAAAACAAA